AAAAAAAGAAAAAAAAAAAAGAAAAUCAGACAUACAGCCGCAAAGAUGGAGUUGCCACCAGUGAUAGACUGCGUACGCAUCGUCUUCGUGGCCAGCGUCCUGUUGGUCCUCCUGCUGGGCCUCAUAUAUCUGUCCAUUCUCAACUGGGCCAUGUGUGGAACGCCGACACACGUUAAAAAGGUUACCCAGAAGCAUUGGACCAAAGAUCAAGUCAAGGAAAAGUACGAGGCGGUCAAAGAGAAGCCCAUGACCAUCAACUCCAUCACCCCCAAGCUUCCCCCGCAGCUGCAGAGGCGCUACAUCAUCACAGGCGGCUCGGGUCUGGUGGGCGGCUACCUCGUGCUGUUGUUGAUCGCGCGCGGCCAACCACCCGAGAGUAUCCGCAUUGUCGACUUCCAAAAGCCGCACCGCAACGACAUGGUGGUGGGCCCCGCCGCCGAGGUGGAUUUUGUCAAGACCGACAUCUCGUCCAAGAAGGCCGUCGCCGAGGCAUUUGCGCGGCCCUGGCACCCUUCUGUCGAGCAUCUGCCCCUCACCGUCUUCCACACGGCCGCCGUCAUUGUGCCUUCAGACCGCUCCGAGUUGGUCUAUGGUCUGUGCCAAAAGGUCAACAUCGAGGGGACCCGCAUCCUGGUCGAGGAGGCCCAGGCUGCCGGCGCCGACGUCUUCAUCGCGACGUCCUCGGGGUCCAUCAGCAUAAGACCUGUCGAGUUCUGGAUAUCGCCAUGGGAGCUCCUCACCAAGGGGCCGCGCCAUCACGCCCAGGUUCUGGACGAGAGCGACUUUUGGAAGCCACUGCGGCCGCACAAUGAGUUUUUCGGGAAUUACCCCGCGAGCAAAGCCUUCGCCGAGCGGAUAGUGUGUGGUGCCAACUCGGACAAGAUGCGGACGGGAUCUAUCCGUCCCGCCAACGGCAUCUAUGGAAACCCAACUGACAAUAUCAUCGGCGGUCCGCUGGCCUUGGGAAUAUUCCCAUCAUGGAACCCCCAAAUCGUUCAAUCAUAUAUACACGCCCUCAACUGCGCCAUCGCGCACCUCAACCUAGAGGCAGUUCUAGACCCGACCGACUCGGCCUCGCGUCCCCAGGCCGGAAGACCCUUCACGGUCACGGAUCCCAACCCGCCAAUCACAAACAAAACCCUGUGGUCGAUGAUUGCAACCCUGAGCAUCACCAGCUUCCGGACCGUGCGUAUCCUCUGCCCCGUGGUGAUCCUCAUGGUCGCCUACGCCAUCGAGUGGUACGCGCUACUGCCGCAUCGCUACCCUCGUCUCAAGCACAUCAUCCCACCCUUGAACAACGACAUCAAGCACCUCAAGCCGCCGCUCUUCAGCAUCACCACGCACCUCAUAGCCAACCACCAGGGCGACGCCACCAAGCCCAUCAGCGAGGGCGGCAUCGGCUACACGGGCUUGACCACGACCAUGGACGGCAUGGUCCAGGAGGUCUUGGAGUGGAACCAAGAGCACGAGGGAGUCAGCAGGAGGAACAGGCGCAAGUACAUCAGCUCCGUAACGCUGGCCGAGGAGAUUAGGAAGCUUGGUGAAGCUGCGAUGGCUGUGGGUGGUUGAGUUCCUCCUGAGGGGGGUCUUUUUGGAGCAACAAAAAAGAAA